AUGAUUCGUGUUCAGAAUAGAACUCUUAACCAAACAAUAAUGCUCGUAAUAGCUUUUGUGGUUCUCACUAUCUCAUCUGGCGCUCUCCUUCGUUUUAUAUUAUCCCAUGCAGGCGUUCCUGAGAGAAACAACCGCAUAAUGGUCUACACAUACUACGGGUUCUGUAUUGGACACCGCUCAGUUGAUUUCAUUCCAUCGGAAAUCAAACUUCUGCAAUUGCGAAGUUUGAGAGCAAUGGUCUUUUUUCAAUGGAUCGCCUGUUAUUCGGACCUGCAAGACGCCAACUUCCAGUUUUGGAAGGUCAAAGGUUAUAUUAAAUUUAUUUUCGACACUAUAACUGCGUUUGUAGUGUUCGCGAGUUCGGAAAAUGAUAUCAUGGCCAAUCAGAAUUGA